CCCCUCUUUCCCACCCACACCCGCAACAUCUUCAGAGCUGGGGAGCGCAAGGACCCGUCUAGGCCGCACUACCCAGUCUGACCUCCUCGCCCCACGCUUUCCUAGCUUCCGUAAGGAUAUAGACAUAUCUUGAGAUCCCCCUAAAGGGACCUACACACAGCGGCAGCAAUGUCACAGUUCUCUACCAUGACAACCAAUGAGAGGAAGCUACAAGCAGCAGCCAUCUGUAGGGAGAUACAAGGUCCUGAAGAUGCAGAGAUGGACCUGGGGAAGAAGAUGAGUGUCCCUAAGGAUGUGAUGCUGGAGGAGCUGUCUCUGGCCUCCAACAGGGGCUCCCUCCUCUUUGAAAAGCGCAAGAGGCGCUCCGAGAAAUACACCUUCGAGAACAUCCAGAAUGUAACCAACACACAGAUCAAUAAUGGUGUAACUCUUCAAACGGAGAGUCAAGAAACCAAAGAAAACAGCUUAAGAGUGGAGCAGUUGUCUAAAACGCCCCAGAACAUGCCUGACCUGAGCACAGCCCCUAACCCAGACAACAUCGCACCAGGUUAUGGUGGCCCUCUGAAAGAAAUGGAACCAGAGAAGUUCAACAGAACAUGCCUCCCGAAGUCCUACCACUCCCCCUGGGACCAGGCCAUCUACCACCACGAUCCCUCCCUGGCCGAUAGCCUCGUCACCUGCCUGCAAGAGCCUGAGGCCAAGCCAGAAGGACCAGGGUACAAGAGCUUCAACAGGGUGGCUACUCCGUUCAGAGGCUUCGGAGGCAAGUCCACCAGACCGGCCCCAAUGUCCAAGGUCCCCGAGGUGGAACACAACCCCAUGCCGGAGCUGUACCCCGAGCUCCAGGCGGAGCCGGCAGUGCAGAGGCCCACAUUCAACAGGGUGGCCUGUGGCUGGGCGGGGACCAGCGCCCCACUCAUCCUUCCCACAGUGCCGCUGGUUCCCAUGCUUAUCCCGGAGUCCGAUGACCUUUGAAACUCUGGCUGCUGCUGUGUGUCCCGAGACGUUUCCUGGUUUGCUACCCACAAGUCCUUUUUGGUGGGUUAGGGUCAGAGUGAAGGAAGGAGGUCUUUUGGUUUUCCGCUUAGGGCAAGUUAGCUACGUCUUUGUGGUGAAAACACAUGUUUCUCUGAUUAACUGGUUGGCCCAUGCCCAAGGUAUUCUGCCCAUCUUCAAACUGCACUUAAAAUAAGUCAACCACACUUGCCAGAGUUACUAAAUACAGUAUAAGAGCUGUACAUACAUUGAUGUGUAUGAGUGAAAUUGUAUUUGCCUGAUGACAUUUGAUUAUUGGUAUUAGUUGUUUUUUGAGGUAAAUAAAAUGAUGUAAAGCAUAAUGCUGUUA